UUGCCGGUUUCCGCCAUUUUCUGCAUGAAGGGGCUACGUUACCUUAGUGAAAUAUAAGACUAUUGUUGGUAAUAACUAAAGACUAACACGUAAUAACAGUUUGUAAUAACACACCUAUCGGUAUCUGAGCAUGGAAGACGAAGGCCUCCCCAAAACACUAUAUGUUGGCAACCUGUCAAGAGAUGUUACGGAGAACUUGAUUCUUCAGUUGUUUACCCAGAUCGGACCCUGUAAGAGCUGCAAAAUGAUAACAGAGCAUACAAGCAACGACCCGUAUUGCUUUGUGGAGUUCUUUGAACACAGGGACGCUGCUGCUGCAUUAGCAGCGAUGAACGGCCGCAAGAUCCUUGGGAAGGAGGUGAAGGUGAAUUGGGCCACAACACCAAGCAGCCAAAAGAAAGAUACAUCCAAUCACUUCCAUGUCUUUGUGGGUGAUUUGAGUCCAGAGAUAACCACUGAAGACAUCAAAGCCGCUUUUGCACCGUUUGGAAAAAUCUCGGAUGCGCGUGUGGUGAAGGAUAUCACGACAGGGAAAUCAAAGGGGUAUGGAUUUGUGUCCUUCUAUAACAAACUGGAUGCGGAGAAUGCCAUCGUGCACAUGGGUGGCCAGUGGCUGGGCGGCCGACAGAUCAGAACCAACUGGGCCACUCGGAAGCCUCCAGCCCCCAAGAACGUUCCAGAGAGUAACUCGAAACAUCUGAGAUUUGAAGAUGUGGUGAACCAGUCGAGUCCUCAGAACUGCACCGUGUACUGUGGGGGGAUCCAGUCCAACCUCUCAGAACAUCUCAUGCGACAGACGUUUUCACCCUUUGGACAGAUCAUGGAGAUCCGCGUGUUUCCAGAGAAAGGAUAUUCGUUUAUCAGGUUUUCUUCCCACGAGAGCGCUGCCCACGCCAUAGUGUCAGUGAAUGGGACGGCCAUCGAGGGGCACAUGGUUAAGUGUUACUGGGGCAAAGAGGCGCCGGACAUGAGCAAAAGUGUCCCACAGAUGGAGUACGGGCAGUGGGGCCAGUGGAACCAGGUGUACAGCAGCCCUCAGCAGCAGCAGCAGCAGCAGCAGCAGCAGCAGUAUGGCCAGUACAUGACCAACGGCUGGCAGCAGGUGCCGCCCUCCUACAGCAUGUAUGGACAGACCCAGUGGAACCAGCAGGGCUUUGGCAUGGAGGACUCCAUACUGGCAGCUGCGCAGAACAUGCCAAGACCCAUGUCUUCCCCCCCUAGCAGACAGUCCCAGUCCCCAGCGUGGAUGGGAGGAUUCGGGGGACAGCCUUCUCAACCUCAGCCCGGCUCCGUGAUGCCCAACCAGCCCAGCUUUGGGAUGGCUGGCUACCAGACCCAGUGAGCAUCACCGGGGCUUUAGCUGAAGGGCAGUUACUCCCUAGCGGAAACUGGACCACUCAGAAGAAGAAAUGUGAUGAUGCCGAGAACGAGGUUUUACGCCCACCAACCACAUCUUAUUUGAAAAGAGUAAAACCGAGCAAAUUAUGUUAUUUUGUGAGAGACUCGCUAUUCGGGGUGCUUUUAAAUGGGACUUGGUGCCAUACAUUGGGAAAAAUGGACGUUUAUUGGUUGACAGACAAUGUCUGUAGAAAAAGAACAUCUUUUUGUGUUUUUUUUCUUGCCGUCUCAUUGCUUUUCAGUGAAUAAGAAGAGACGAGAGUGUAAAAAGUGUUUUUCCCUGCUUGUUUGAGUUUAUGAUUUCAUGUUAAUCUGACAGCUGGCAAGAGAGGAGGUUUGUUAUUUUUUUGUCCCACUUUAAGAGACAGGGUUUGCACUGGUACAUUUUAGUAGAAAUGUUUGAAAAUGUUUUAGUUUGUAAAUGCUGUAGUGACGCUUUUUAAAUAUGAAAAAGGAAAACAUUUUCACCCUACCAACUGAAAAGAACAUUGUUUCAUGCUCCAACAUUUCAUUUUGUACUAAAUACAAACACCCGCUCCCCCCUAAUCUACUCUAGUAGAAUAAUGUAACAUAAGGAAAACACUUUUUCUGAUAAAUAAGUUUGAAAAAAUGCAGUGUUAUUUCAUCAUAGAGAGUUGAUUUAAUGUCUUUUAGAUUGUAUUUGGUCUCUUAGUGUUGGAUUAAUGCUGCACUUUUUACUGAUGAAUGCCUGUGUCUAGUGAAUGUCAUAUCUGGAUUUCUGCGCCAUUGUCUGAAUUUAGCUGUCUUAACUUCACUUUGGCACACCUUACCAACCGCUUCCCCCCCUGCACAAUCUAGUAUCUUUAGUUACCAUUUAGCUGACAUUUUUAUUUCAUUAGUGUUCAUGACCAUGCAAGGGCAAACAUGUACAUAGUCCUUUCAUAACACAGUGUGACAGGAAGUUUUUUGUUUUGUUUUUAAUCAAAGCAUGCAUUUUUCAUUUUCCACAAGUUCCACAAGUAAAUAUCUGUACAUAGAACACACUAGUACAAAUGUGCUGAACUGACAUUAUUAAAUCAAUUCAGUGUAAGUUACAAAGAAGCCUUAAUUUUUAAAAGGUUGGUGAAUACAUCACUUGAUAACCUGCAUUGCGAUCCGGAGUCAAUAUUUGAGAGAGGUGUUGAGCAGCAGUCACGCAGCCCCUUUGCAGUUUCGGUCCUUAACCAAGGUGUGAGUUUUGCCAGAUGGCUGUGCUUGGGUGAGCUGCAUGUUUUUGUUUUAAAAUGUGUUGUUGAGGUCGCAAAGAUGAAUUGAAUGUAAAUGGCUGACCUGUUUGAUUACUUUCAGCAAUUUGGGAAAAUAAUCAAUCAUAUGAAAGGAGAUGUCUCCUUUAAUUUAAAGACAAUUGGGUGUUGAGUUUUUUUUCUCCAGGCUGUAAAGUCUUCAAAAAAAAAAAACAUGACUGAGAAGCUGCAACUGAAAAGUUAUGUUAAAAAAUAAAACUAGGCAAUUGUUUUGUUCGUAACCAUGUGUCCUUGUGUGUGUGUGCGUGCGUGCGUGCGUGUGUGCGUGUGCGUGCCUGCAUAUGAGUGUGACUGCUUAGAGGCGUCAUAGUAGGGAGAGGCAAAGGGUACUCAGUUACCAGGGCCCAGUAGCAUUAAGCAGGGUCCAUGAGGAGGGUUUUAAAUUGAGAUGUAGGGAAAUCCUGUGCAUUGGCAUAGGAUUUGGCUCUGUGCCCCUGUUCACGCUUGUGAGUGUGCAUUUGCUGAAUACUCUUGAUGGUUCAAUAAAUCACAUCCAAUUA